UGUAUCUGUCAAGUCAAAAAAUACUUGCAGAGAUUGCAGACGUCGUAGUCGUAGUCUGUUUUCUGUCUUCAAUAACAUUAUAAUAUUCCAAUCAGAACCACAUCAGCAGUGCUCUGUGAGAUAACAAGGAUCAGUCUGGAAUAUUGAAUAAGAUAUUCUCCAAAAUUUCCUAAAAUGGCUCAGCAACAUGAAUUCAAAGUAGAAAUGACCUGUGAAGGAUGCUCCAAUGCUGUUCAACGAGUUCUCAAUAAAUUGAAAGGGCAGGGGGUCGAUGACGUUCAAAUUGACCUGAAAGACCAGAAAGUUUUGGUAGCCUCUACUCUAUCUGCCGAUGAACUUUUAGAAACAAUUAAAAAGACUGGGAAAGCGACGACUUAUAUAGGUGUCAAAGCAUAAGCGUGAUUACACUUCACAUCUUUAAACCCAUUUUUAAACCCCACGUGAACCUCAGACCAACGAAAUUUGAAAUAUAAUAUAUUCCAAAAUUAUUUAUAAUCAUAUAGCUUUUAUUAUUGUAUUCAUUUUAUUGCUGAGCUUAUACCAGGAAUGUGAUCAGAUAGCAGCUUUUUGUUCUAAAUUUAAGUUAAUUUUAUAUAUUAAAUGUAAUAAUUUUUAUUA